UAGCUCAUCUUAGCUCUUUUUAUUUGCCCUAAGUUUUAUCAAUUAUAAGUUUGUUUAAUCAUGUAGCCUGUAAUUAAAAGCUUGAAUUUAUAAUAAUUUGUUUCGCUGCAAAUGCAAUUCGAGGCUUAUAUAGAUCCAAUCGAGGUCAAAAUAACAUGGUCCAUGAGCUCUGGGUGGCUCUGGAACCCUCGUGUGCCCUUCUAGCAGAGAAGCAGAGAUCGUUGUUGUUAGAUUAUCAAAAUCAGGGAUAUGUCAGCGUUUGAGGAAGAAGAGCCGCCGCAGAAAAUUCCACGGUUGUUGAAAAGCAAGGAAAGUGGUAAAAGAUUAAUUGUUAUUUUGGAACAUGCUUCACUGGAAACAGUCAAGAAUGGCAAACGCUUUGAGCUUUUAAACUGUGAUGAUCAUAAGCACGUGCUCAAGAAGCAGGGCCGUGAUUUGUCUUCAGCCCGUCCCGACAUCACGCAUCAGUGUUUGUUGAUGUUGAUGGACAGUCCUUUAAACAGAGCUGGCCUUCUUCAGGUGUAUGUCCAUACAGCAAGGAAUUCUCUCAUCGAAAUCAACCCACAGACACGUAUACCAAGGACGUUCACUCGCUUUUCUGGAUUGAUUGUUCAGUUGCUUCACAAACUUAGCAUUCAAGCUUCGGAUGGUAAACAAAAACUUCUCAAGGUAAUAAAAAACCCGAUCACCGAUCAUCUUCCAGUUGGUUGCAAGAAAAUAGUUAUGUCAUACAACGCUGAAAAGUGCGCCCACCCAAGGGACUAUGUUCCAGCAGAUGACCCAGUUGUGUUUGUCAUCGGAGCAAUGGCCCAUGGCUCGGUUCAAGUUGAUUAUGGUGAAGAAAAUGUUGCUAUUAGUCAAUAUCCGCUCUCUGCCGCUCUAACAUGUACCAAAGUUUGUUCGGCCUUCGAAGAAGUCUGGGGCGUGAAUUAAUGGAUCUGCGCAGACCAACCUGCUAGCAGUCCGUACCAAUACAAUGGCGGGCAUAUUAGCAGGAUAAAUCAAUGAGGUUUUCAGAUGGAAGUAAUAAAAAAAGACAGCGGGAAUAUGCAAAAGGAUACUAACAUAUGUAUUGGAUAAUGUUAGCCAUUUGCAUUGACAUUUGUGUUUUAAAACACACUAUGUAAAUUGCUUUUAAGAAACUAUUUUAUGUUGCAGUAGAAACACAAAUAAUGUCUUUGAUAUUGGAUGUAGUUCUAAGAAUUUUUUGUUGUUCUGUAUUCACGUCUGUUUUGUAAAUACUCUGUGAAUUCAUAAAUAUAUCGGUG